UACAAGGGGCAGGGUACUCAUACAUAUACAAAAACACUUUUCUGUAGGCUAAAGCUUUUUACACGCUUAACAAUAUAUAUUAUUCACAGGCGUCUCGUCUCAAUACUCAACUUUAGAGUUAAUGCUUUUUUUGGAGUAGCUAGUUUGUCGCGUCCCCUUUAAGUGGUGUUGGGUGUAGGCUGUGUGAAACUCGAAGGGACGCUAAAAGAGUCAAACUGAAGGUAACAGUUCUUUAAACAAUUUUUACUCCAACGACACGUUUAGACUGUUUAAAAAGAUUCGGUGAGGCUGGAUGGCUGGUUGCAGUCGUCAUGGUGAAGGAUGUUCCGGAAAGUCAAAAAGCGCCACAGCAGCAGCAGCUCGCAAAGCAGUGAGAUCAGCACCAAAAGCAAAUCUGUCGACUCCAGUUUGGGAGGACUCUCCAGAUCCAGUACCGUCGCCAGCCUCGAUACAGAUUCCACCAAGAGCUCAGGUAACAGCACAUCUGAAACAUGUGCUGAGUUCCGUGUAAAGUAUGUGGGAGCCAUUGAGAAGUUACAGUUUGACAUGAGCAAGACCCUCCAGGAGCCUCUGGACCUCAUCAACUAUAUUGAUGCCACUCAGCAAGAUGGAAAGCUGCCCUUUGUGCCGGGAGACGAAGAGAUGAUUCUGGGAGUGUCAAAGUACGGAGUCAAAGUGGCGUCACUGGACCAGUGUGAUGUGCUGCACCGGCACCCUCUGUACCUGAUAGUGCGUAUGCUAUGUUACGAUGACGGACUAGGUGCAGGGAAGAACCUCCUGGCUCUCAAAACCACCGAUGCAAAGCAAGAGGAGUGCAGCAUCUGGGUGUACCAGUGCAGCAGCUCGGAGCAGGCUCAGUCCAUCUGCAAGGUGCUGUCUGCUUCCUUUGACUGCGCUCUGACAUCAGAGAAGUCCUGAGAGCAGGACGGGACCUGAGAUCUGUCUAGAUGAGAAAUGAAACAAACGACAAAAUCAGCAAAAGUAUAUCAGAAGAUUCGCCAAAAAUUUAAAUUAUUUCCCUUUUGUCCAAAUUUGCUUUGUUUCCUGGAGGACACAUCUUGUCUAUUUUCCAUGUUAGUUUGCAGGAAAACAAUCACUUAAGCCUUUGUAUUGAUGGCAAAGUCACGUCAAGCUCAGUUAGUGGUACGUACUAUCACCCGACUAUCAUUCUCCGGUUGAGACAAGACUGUGAAUUUGUUUCCUUCACCUCGUGUGUUCCAUUGACCGUUCACAUAAAGUCCAGAGCAAAAAAAGUAACGUUUAGGAAAAAAAAGCAAAUUGUUGCAUUUUUUUUUUUUUUUUUUAAGCAUUGGAGUAAGCGAACAAUGUAAAUGAUUCAUAGUUAAUGUAAGUGAUGGUAGAAAAUGGUACAUAAUGUCUCCACCCAGCUGUGUCAAUGUGGGAGACAUUUUUCAGAAGAGGAAAAUACCCGGUACAAACAUUACAACAUGCAGUUUGUUUAUCUUAAUGUGGAAACCACUCAGAUUGCUUUUGUGUUGUUGUGUAUGCUGAAACAAACAGUAUUGGCAUAACAGUCACUUUUUUGACUCGAAGGUACAUUAUACAAAGCUAAAAUCUUAACCGUGUGAGUGAAGUCUUUUUUUGUACUUGUGAGAUAUACUCAUUUUUUAUUACAGUUUUGACUUUUAAUGUAUCUUGUUUUAAAGGUCUUUCUACAGAAAGUUUCUUGGUACCAAAGACAUUUUUUUUUAAAUUCUUUGUUUUUAUGCAGUGGACAAAAAUGUAUUAAGUACAUUAGACUUAUUGAAACCACAUAAACCCUAACUGUUAGGCUGUUAGAUUUUGGAGGAAAAUGCAUGUUUACAGUUGUGGUACUUACUUACUCCACAGUGUAUAUAAUAAUAGCCCAUUCCUCCUUAUUCUGUCUUCCUUUUCAGCGCUGUCCUUUUAAGAUUGGGUUGAAAAUGUGAAUUAAAGAAUUUGAUCUGGUACAAUAAAGGUUUUUGUUUUGUU